GCUGACGUCACUAAAGUUACUGACAGCUGAUUGGCUGAGGGGUUGUCAGUCUGGUGACUUCCUGCUCAGCUUGUAGAUCAGAGGAGAGGGAGGAACCCUCACACAGCUCUCUCUCUCUCUCUCUCUGCAGAGCAAAAAAAAAAAAAGGACUGAAGUGAGGCUGAAACUGAAAGAGGGUAAGAGUCACUGAAGGAGUGCUGUUCUCCUUCAGUCUCAGUUUCCUGUUUAAGGAGGCCAUUUUGUAACUCAGACUGGAGAGGAGCACAACAAAGUUUGGCAUUGUUUUGGUUCCUUCUAGGGAGUUUCAUAAUCCAAGCCUGGACUUUCUCCCUUGCACAACAACGAGGAGGAGGAGGAGGAAGGAGGAGGAGGAGGAGAGCUGCAGGUAAAGUGAAGUCUGUCUUUGGGUUUGGUGUCAUGCUCGGACUGUAAGAGAAGUUAAGUUUGACAACAAAGCUUGAAGAAAGGAGGGAUAAAAAGCAGCCACUUUCUGGAAAGGGAUUUCUUCUUUGAUCCAGAGGGAGGAGGUGUGUCCAGCGGGAGUCCAUAGUCCUGACUCUGGUCGUCACUGCCUGUUUGAAUGAGUGUGUGACCUCCUCAGGAGCCUCUCUCAGGACUCUGAUGGCCAACGCCAGCCCCUGUAUGCCCUCAGGGCCCCUGGUCUUCUUCCCUCCUGGGGGGUCCCCACCUUCAGGUGUGAUCCAGCAUGGCUCCACCCUGGUCAUCCCUCCUUUGCCUGUUCACAGGGGGUCCUCCCUGAUGGACCUGGGUCCAGGACCCGGUGGGACUCCCAUGCCCCCUGGGCUGCCGACGGCAGGGGUGUCCUUCAUCAUCCAGAUUGGACUGACCAGGGAGUCGGUCCUGAUGCCUCAGACUGCUGACCUGGCCUAUGUCAAACAGAUGGCCUGCUCCAUUGUGGACACCAAGUUCCCAGAGUGUGGCUUCUAUGGCAUCUAUGACAAGAUUUUACUGUUCAAGCAUGACACAUCCAGCAACAACAUCCUACAACUGGUCAAAGCUGCCAGUGACAUCCAAGAGGGGGAUCUGGUGGAGGUGGUGCUCUCUGCUGCAGCCACCGUUGAAGACUUCCAGAUCCGGCCACAUGCUCUCAACGUGCACUCGUACCGGGCCCCGGCCUUCUGUGAUCACUGUGGAGAGAUGUUGUUUGGCCUGGUCAGACAAGGACUCAAGUGUGACGGAUGUGGCCUGAAUUACCAUAAGCGCUGUGCUUUCAGUAUUCCAAACAACUGCAGCGGAGCUCGAAAGCGACGUCUGUCCACUACGUCUCUCACCAGCAGCCAGUCCCUUCGUCUGUCCACCACAGACUCGGUGUGCAGCGCGGGGACAGUGUCCACCAGUGCAGAGGACACCAGCCUCAUCCGCUCACACACACAAAUGCAGCCGCGGACGCCCAGUGAAGCCCGGCGCUUCUACACAGGCCGCCCAGUUCAUCUAGACAAGAUUCUGAUGACCAAGGUGAAGGUGCCGCACACAUUUGCUGUGCACUCGUACACACGACCCACCGUGUGCCAGUACUGCAAGCGGCUUCUGCGAGGGCUGUUCAGACAGGGCCUGCAAUGCAAAGACUGCAAGUUCAACUGUCACAAAAGAUGUGCCUACAAGGUCCCUAACGACUGUCUCGGAGAGACGAUUGGAGACAGCAGAAGUAACAGCGACAUGUUGAGUCCCACUGUGGAUCCUGAGGUGCCCAUGGACUACAGCAGUGAAUAUGAUUCCUCAGACAAGUCCUCUAUGGAUGACUCGGAUGAAGCCUGCAGCAUCCCUGGUUCCUUCUCUCCUGACAACAACCAGGAUGGAGCCAGUGGAGAUCAGAACGUUUACAUCCCGUUAAUGAGGGUGGUGCAGUCAGUGAGACAGACAACCCGGCGCUCCAGUACAGCCAUCAAAGAGGGAUGGAUGGUCCACUACAGCAAUAAAGACACACUGCGAAAGAGGCACUAUUGGCGUUUGGACUGUAAGUGCAUCAUCCUUUUCCAGAACAACACCACCAAUAAAUACUAUAAGGAGAUCCCUCUAUCUGAGAUCCUGGAAGUCCGACCUGCUGGAAACUUCACUUUUGUCCCAUCUGGCACAAAUCCCCACUGUUUUGAGCUCAUCACAGGAACUAUGUGCUACUUUGUCGGGGAGGACCCCAACUCUGUUCCCUCUGUGUCACCUAGUAACCCUCAGGGUCUCCCUCCCACCCCUCCGUCACCCAGCCAAGUGGCACCCAACAGUGGCAUUGGGCGUGAAGUGGCCAAGGCAUGGGAGAGCGCCAUCCGCCAGGCCCUCAUGCCAGUCAUCUUCCAGGAUGCGCCACCAGCUGAGGGGAAUACACCUCAUAGACAAGCCUCAGUCAGCAUUUCUGUAUCCAACAGUCAAAUCCAGGAGAAUGUGGAUAUUGGUAGCGUCUACCAAAUCUUUGCAGAUGAAGUCCUGGGAUCUGGACAGUUCGGAGUGGUGUACGGAGGAAAGCAUCGAAUGACGGGUAGGGACGUCGCCGUCAAAGUAAUCGAUAAACUUCGUUUUCCCACCAAACAGGAGAGCCAGCUGCGAAACGAGGUGGCCAUACUGCAGAGUUUGCGUCACCUCGGCAUUGUAAACCUGGAGUGUAUGUUCGAGACCCCAGAGAAAGUGUUUGUGGUGAUGGAGAAGCUGCACGGCGACAUGCUGGAGAUGAUCCUCUCGAGCGAGAAAGGCAGGCUGCCCGAGAGGCUCACCAAGUUCUUCAUCACACAGAUUCUCGCAGCUCUGAGACAUCUGCACUUUAAGAACAUUGUUCACUGUGAUCUGAAACCUGAGAAUGUGCUGCUCGCCUCUGCUGACCCAUUUCCACAGGUGAAGCUGUGUGACUUUGGCUUUGCUCGUAUCAUCGGCGAAAAGUCUUUCCGCCGCUCGGUGGUCGGCACGCCGGCCUAUUUGGCCCCGGAGGUUCUGCUGAACCAGGGCUAUAACCGCUCUUUGGACAUGUGGUCAGUGGGCGUUAUUAUGUACGUCAGCCUUAGUGGAACAUUCCCGUUUAAUGAGGACGAAGACAUCAAUGACCAGAUCCACAACGCGGCCUUCAUGUACCCUCCCAACCCCUGGAAACAGAUCUCCAGUGAUGCUAUUGACCUGAUCAACAACCUGCUGCAAGUGAAGAUGAGGAAACGCUACAGUGUGGACAAAAGUCUCAGCCACGCCUACUUACAGGACUAUCAGACGUGGUUGGACCUACGAGAGUUGGAAACAAAGCUCGGCGAGCGUUACAUCACGCAUGAGAGCGACGACAGCCGCUGGCAGAUGUUCGCCCGCGAACACACUCUGCUAUACCCGGCUCACCUGGUGCCGCCUCCUCCGGCGCCGGCCUCUGACGACGAGGAGGCCGGGGAGGACGCCGACGUUCAGGGCCUCGCUGAGAGAGUGAGCAUCCUCUGACCAGGAAACAUGGGACUCAGAAUGAGAAACAGAUGGUGAAGACUGGACGGUGGAAGGAGACGUGUCGUGUUGUUUAGACUUUCACAAUAAAAGCCUGCUGUAUGCCAAUAAUAUCAGAGCAAUAAAUCCAAUUUUUCUCCUCUA